AUGGAAUCCAUUGACUCUCACGAUUCUACUACUGUGGAGAAAAAGCAUGUUCCGAUGAACAAAGAGCACGAGUUGAACUCUGAUGGCCAUAUUAACUCUAACUCCGACUCAGUUAGUCGUGCUCACGAUGGCGCAAUCCCCCAAUUGUCUGGCAAAUACGACGCCUUGAGACAAAACAAAAGUUUGGUCAUUAAGCAAACCGAAAUCAUUGGUAAUGCCUACAAAAAAUGGUACUUCCAGGCAAUCUUGCUUUUUAGUGCUUUUGUGUGUGGUUACGGUUACGGGCUAGACGGUAAUAUCCGUUACAUUUACACUGGGUAUGCUACAUCUUCCUAUAGCGAACAUUCUCUGCUAUCUACUAUUAACGUUAUCAAUGCCGUAGUCAGUGCAGCUUCGCAAAUAAUAUACGCCAGAUUAUCCGAUGUCUUUGGUAGAUUAUAUCUUUUCAUCAGUGCUGUCAUUCUUUAUGUUGUUGGUACCAUCAUUCAAUCUCAGGCUUAUGAUGUUCAAAGAUAUGCUGCCGGUGCGAUAUUCUAUAACGCCGGCUAUGUCGGAGUCAUCUUAAUUCUUUUGAUUAUUCUAUCCGAUUUCUCCUCUUUGAAAUGGAGACUGUUAUACCAAUUUGCGCCCACUUGGCCAUUUAUUAUCAACACUUGGAUUGCCGGUAAUGUCACUUCCAGGGCUAAUCCUAUCGAAAAUUGGUCUUGGGAUAUAGGUAUGUGGGCUUUCAUUUUCCCUCUAUCAUGUAUUCCGAUUGUCCUGUGUAUGUUACACAUGCAAUGGGUCGCCAGAAAGACUCCCGAAUGGCAUGCUUUGAAAGAUGAAAAGUCUUACUACCAAGAACACGGUUUCGCCAAGAUUUUGGUACAAUUGUUCUGGAAGUUAGAUGUCAUAGGAGUCAUCCUGAUGGGUUGCUCCUUGGGUUGCAUCUUGGUCCCAUUGACUUUGGCUGGUGGUGUCAAGACCACUUGGAAUGACUCAAGAUUGAUCGGUCCAUUUGUUCUUGGUUUUGUUUUGAUUCCUAUUCUGUGGGUUUGGGAAUAUAGGGUUGCUAGGGACCCGAUUAUCCCGUACAAAUUGGUUAAAGAUAGAGGUGUAUGGUCUUCCAUGGGUAUCUCUUUCUUGAUCGAUUUUAUCUACUACAUGGCCGCUGACUAUCUGUACACCGUGAUGCUCGUUGCUGUUAAUGAAUCUGUCAAGUCUGCUACUAGAAUCUCUACAUUAUCAUCAUUUGUUUCAGUUGUGGCCUCUCCAUUUUUCGGUCUGAUAAUGACAAGGUGCACUAGAUUGAAGCCUUUCAUCAUGUUUGGUUGCUGUUUGUGGAUGUUAGCAAUGGGUCUAUUAUACCGCUUCAGAGGUGGCAGAGAAUCUCAUUCAGGUAUCAUUGGUGCGUUAUGUGUUUGGGGUCUUGGUACUACCUUGUUUACUUACCCAGUUACCGUCUCUGUGCAAUCUGCUGUUUCCCACGAAAACUUGGCUACCGUCACUGCUUUGAACUAUACCUUAUAUAGAAUUGGUUCUGCUGUCGGUGCGGCUGUUUCUGGUGCCAUUUGGACUCAAACCUUGUACAAGCAAAUUUUGAAGAGAAUGGGCGAUGUCACAUUGGCCACAGCCGCUUACACAUCUCCAUAUACUUUUAUCGAAACCUAUACUUGGGGCACUCCUCAAAGAGUGGCUUUGAUGAACGCUUAUAGAUAUGUUCAAAGAUUGGAAACUAUUGUUGCGUUGGUGUUCUGUGCCCCUUUGAUUGCGUUCUCGUUGUGUCUAAGAGAUCCUAAAUUAACCGAUACAGUCGCUGUCGAAAACAUCGAAGAAGGUGAAUACGUCGACACCAAGGACAAUGACCCAAUUCUUGACUGGUUCAAAAAGUUUACAUCAAAGUUUUCUUCUUCCAAAAAGGAAUAG